AUGUUGCCUUGGAUCAAGAUGAAUGGCCUGGGAUGCUUCACAGGUUUCAAUCGCUCGCAAUGCCCAAUACCAGUGGCCAGAGUGACCAGACUCCCAGAGCAGGUCUUCGUACCGCUAAGCAGCGCCGUGCGUGCUGAUGCCAUCCAUAAUCCCGGCGCCAUUACCCCUGUCCCCGUAUCCCGGUUUCGACCAGUUUCGGGCAGGUCGAGCUGCAAAGGAAAACAAUCCACCACCCAUUCGUGCUCCAUCUGCCCUUGUCCGUUGACGGUUUGCCGGUUCCAGGCCAGGGCCCAUGAAAUGGCAUUCCAAACCAGACAUCUUGCCCAGGCCCUCUCCUCCCUUCUACUCCUACAGAAUACUCCUCCUGCCUCUCCCAGCUCACUCGUCAGCUUCUACCCCAGACUAUAUUCGUAUCCGGUUCUGGACCCUGACCUGAUCCCGCCUUCGCCUUUCUGCGGCUUACUGGAGUCUGGCUUCCCUGUUUGGCUGAAUCACACCCCAAAUCCAGAAUCACACCAGCGCCCUGCCGGUCCGCUCAUCCUUGCCACGGCCAUUAUCUUGCACUUGCCUCCCGCCACUACGGACCCUUCUCGCCCCUACCUUGCCGCUCUUCUCCUGAGGUUUUUCUACGCGCGCCGUCAAAACACAGUCGAUAAUCCAACAACAACAAUUUCUCUAGCAAUCUUCACGACAGCUCGGCUCCAUUACUUCUCGCUCGACAUCCUAGUCGAAGCACCCCAAACACCUCCAUCUCGUCUCGGACAGGACCCUGAGCUCUCCACCAUUCAUCAAGGCACUUUCUGCUGCUUCGGGAAGCCCACUUACGAUCUUCCGUGUCCUCCGAGCCACCUCCAAACUUCGACCCAGCCAAGGCAUGCGACACAACUGAAUACCUACAUGUCUUUUGCCAUUGCUUCUCAGCACUUGCAUCCUUCGGGCAUACCAGCCCAGGAGUUUCCGAAUCGCCCGGUCGCUCCUUUGCGCCAACCGCCCACGAUGGCCCGAUUCGGAGGCUCGACUUCGCUCGCCGCGACCCUGAUCGUUCUGUUCAGUUUCUUUGCUACGAUCUUGGCAGCCACGGAAACUGUCUACAUCACCGGCUCAGAUAAAGAUGGCAACAGCAAGCAGCUCGCGGUCAAUCGCAAUCCUGGCCUGUUCACUGGCGAUUUUGGCGACUGUCUGGGAGGACAAAGUUUGUUCAACAUUACAAAAUUCGAUGCCGCCUACUAUGCCGACAACAUGACCGUCCAGUUCCACUUGGACGGUACGACCAAUAUCAGAAACGAAUCAUUAAUGAUGCAUAUCAACGUCGAAGCUUAUGGCGAGACAAGAUUCGAGAUGAACUUUAACCCCUGCAUGGCCAACAUCGCUAGUCUGUGCCCUCUGAACGCCAGCAAGCCCAUCACUGCAUUUGCAGAGUUCAGACUCACGCCUGCUCAGAUCGACGGCAUUCCUUCCAUCGCCCUCGAUAUUCCCGAUUUCGAAGGUUCUGCGCGCAUCCAGAUCUUUGCAAACUCGAGUCAGACGCAGAUAGGUUGUUUCCAAGCCGUCAUGCGGAACGGCAAUAGCUUCUCCCACCCGGCCGCGAUUUCAUCGAUACUGGGCGUGUUCACGCUCGCCGCGAUCCUGGCUUCUGCAGCAACCGCCAUGUAUGGUGUUAGCAUGCCUCAUAUUAGGACACACUACGCCCAUUCUCUGUCAGUCCUGGUCAUCUUCGAGACUUAUCAGACCGUUUUCUUCUCGGGUGCCUUGUCCGUCGACUGGCCUAGCGUCCUCCCCGCCUGGUGGAGCAAUUUUGGAUGGGCCGCCGGCAUGAUAUACAGCGAAAAGGUAAUCAACUCGAUCGACGGUUUCGCCGGCGUGACUGGUAAUGCCAGCCAAGUAGGUGGUGCAGGAUCGACCGUUAUCAACACCGGGGGUGGCCUCGUCCAGCAAAUUUAUGGCCGCUCGCUCGACACUUUCUCGAUGUCCAGCGAUGGAGCGCCCGUUCCGAAUCUCGUACAGCGAGCGACUAGGGUUUACAACACAAGCAAUCCAUACGAAUACUACUGGGCGGGAGACCCCGUCGCUCCGGGCAUGCCUACACCGGGCAAGUGGAUUGGGUUCGCCGGAGACCUUUCUGCCCUGGGCAUUCCGGCCGCCGAUGCUUUCACACUUGGUCUUAUCUGGUGGUUGGUGGCCAUUGGACUGGUUGCCGUCUCCAUCGCUGCGUUCAAGUUCAUGCUCGACUUGCUUGCUCGGACAAAGCUGAUCAAACAGGAUCGCUUCUUGUACUUCCGCAACCACCUGGGCGGAUAUCUGGCAGUUGGUGUCCUGCGCACGCUGCUCAUUUCGUUCUCCUCCUUGAUGACCCUGGCGCUAUUCCAAUUCAAUAUUCGCGCGCCGGCCGGCCCGACAGCUAUCGCCGCGAUCAUCUUCAUCAUCUUGCUCAUUGGCGUUGGCGGCCUUGUAGCCUACGCAUGUUUCUUCCGUCUCCGCCUCGGCAAGUAUGAAAUGGGCCCCGAUACGAUCAUGUUCGAACAGGGCAAGCUCUUUGGUUCAAUACCAGCGGUUGCAACAACGCGUGCCAGCGAAAUUGGCGAAAAGGAAACCACCGCCAAACGUUACGGAUCCCUCCCGUUCUUCAAGAUCCGAUUUAUUGACGACGACCCAAACCGGACAACGGUCCACCAAGACGAGGUUUACAUCAAACGUUUUGGUUGGCUAUCGGCUCGUUACCGCCGGACCAGAUGGUGGUUCUUCGCCUGCUGGCUAAGCUACCAAUUCAUUCGGGCCUGCUUCAUUGGUGGCGGAGCACGAAGCCCCCUUGCCCAAGUUUAUGGAUUAUUCGUCUUCGAGAUCAUCGCUUUCGUUGUCUUUGUCAAGCUCAACCCCUUCGAGGGCCAAAGAAACACUUCCUUGGCAAUCUGGAUGCUGGGCAUCACAAAGAUUGUCACUGCAGGAUUUUCUAUUGCCUUCUUACCCGCAUUCGCCAUUGGUCGCAUCCUCUCUACGGUUUUCGGCAUUAUCAUCAUUGUCGUCCAAGGAUUCCUUGUUGUUGCCGUCUUGAUUCUUAUUGUCCUAGGUGCCAUAUCAUCAUGGAUGUCGCUUUACCGAAAUCGCGAACAGUUCCCCGAAGUGCUGGAUGGAAUUCGCAUCAAGUACUACGAGCAUAUCCAGGCUAGAGCCACUGACCUGCCGCCACCACCGAAACCAGAUCCGAAGAUUGAAGAGCCUCGGGAGCCACCGCAGCCAUAUUUCUCGGUCAACAAUGUUCGCCGGACUCGCAAGAUUGAGGACGAUGACGAAGAAGACCAGGUUGGAGAUAUCAUUCGGCCGGCCAAUGCUUCAGUAGUACAAUUUGCGCCAGGUACUACCACCACCCGACGAACCCGGACAGAUAGUGUCAGCUCGCGCUACUCUGUUGGUAGUUUGCCGCGCCGCGCCAGACCACACCGCACUUCAUGGAGUUCAGCUGAUUUUGCUGAAUGGGAUGCCAACAAUAAUGCGGAUCGGCCGGGAUCAUCGCUCGCACACCGCAGCAGCUUCGGUCAUCAGCGCAAAGUGUCGCACUCUGGAUCACAACCUGACCUCGGACGCUCCGCCAACAACUCGCCGGCGCCUGCAAGAUCGGUGUCGAUGACAAACAACGAGUUGCGCCGUCUCAUGACUCCCACCGAGGAACUUCCAGAGGAGAGUGUAAUGACACCCGGGAGCAUGGCCGAGCCUGAGACCAGCACGAAACACACUGAUACCGCCAUCUCCCCCAUCCACGAAAAAGACGAGCAUGAAGCCAGGAAGGAGAAUGCUUCUCCGGUUGAAGAAAAGCCCCAAAAACGGUCAAUAUUUUUGACCUUUACGAACUUUCAUGAGAAACAAUCACUGGGCGUUAGCGGAAAUGCUCAUUUGAAGAAGAAGAAACCCCUUAUCUUUGUAAUGGCACUAAUGUGUGGAGGACAGGCCGGCCGUUCCGGCCGUUGCUCACAUCUUGGAACGUGCACAUAUUUGUAUGGCCUCUGGAUGAGCUGCAGAGAUAAAGAGACAAAGGUAAGUGGCACCGCCACUUAUUCAUCCCAACUCAUCCGCGCCACGAGAAGGGUAAUUUGUGCUCAAAGAUGGGAUGGAUUGUUACGGAGUUGGGGAAUGAUGGCGAGUGGCAUUCGAGCUGGUGAGAUGGUUAUCAGAUGGGGUACAUGUAGCUUUCACCUUUCUAGCGUGGUAUUGUCGACUGUAUCACCCGUUGAAACGGAGGGCAUCCCAGUGCCGCCUAGCCACGCCACAGUCACCAAUUACGGAGGAACAUUCCUUGACUUCUACGCCUCGACGGCACCUAGUACCGGGCAGCCAUACCCCAUCGGAACUCUGAAUUCGACUACUAGGCGGAUGCGAGUGCGAGCCGGGAUUAGAGAUAUUGUGGAAGAAUAUAAGAGAGACGUCGAGUGCGAGAGCCCGUCGUCAUCUCGCGAAUAUCAGACGAAUGGAGGGGCGCGGGGUGAAAGUCUAUCCGAUAACGCGUGUCGCAGAAACAUCCCAUAG